AUGAACAGAUUCAUACUCUGGGUGUUAUAUUGCUGUGCUCUGGUAGAUACUCAGUCACCUGCAGGAAGCGGAUGCCAACGUGGUGAUGGCUCCUCUGCUCCAUCUGGGGAACUGUGCAUUUUCACCAACCAGCGUGGAGGCAGCAGUGAUGAGAAACAAGGUUCUUCCUGUGAAAAGUGUGAUUUUGAAACUGAUCUAUGCAAAGCUCUUCAUGAAUUGAAUUUACAGCCUGGAUGGAUAAGAAGAAAUGGUCAGUCUAGCGUGGGACCACCGUACUCUGACCACAAUGGGAAUGACAGUGCUUAUUUCCUCUCGUUGUCCUCUAAAAUGCGAUCCUCUUCUGCAACUUUAAGGACCAAUGUUUUCCUUCCAAAUGAUGAAGAACACAUUUGCCAGAUCACAUUUCAUUAUUGGAUCAGUCAAAUGAGUGGAACGUUGAUGGUGGGGCUUCAAAAGCACUCUGAAGAUACUAUUACAAACAUCUGGCAAGUUUCAGGAGAACUGCAAAAUCAGUGGAAAGCAAAUACCAUCACAAUCAAUAGCACUGAAAAGUAUGAGGUUAUCUUUUGGGGGAUGGUGGAGACCCAGAGACAAGAUGAAACUGUUGCCAUUGAUGAUAUUACGUUCAGUGAAGGAUGUUCUCUGGCCUGUGCACCACAGACUUCCAGUUUUGAGCUUGGCGUUUGUGAGUGGCAGUCAGGUCAGCAGGCUGAGCCUGCUACGUGGGCACGACUGCAAGCCGGGCACCAGAUUGCCUCCUGUUCCUUCCUGAAAGAUUGGGGCAACAAUACCGAAGGCCAUUUUGAGUGGUUAGAAGCUAAUGACAACGCAUUACAUAAAAGCGCUUAUCUAAACAGCUCCAUGUGUCAUUGCUCCAGCAAGAUUUGCAGUUUUCAGUUUCAUUACUCCGUGGCAGAUAGCAGUGUUCUCAAGGUGGUACUGUUUACUAAUCAGGAGGAACAUGUCUUGUGGGAAACCAACAUCAUGACUAAGAAGGAAUGGGUCAAAGUGGAUAUACAGCUACCAACAAGGCUAGAAAAAUUAAAGCUGAUGUUUAAAGGAACACUCCAGAGCAGGGCAAGUUUCAUUUGUCUGAAUAACAUCCAGCUUUUGGACACUACACCAUCAGAGCCACCAGGUUUCUGCUCCUUAGAAGAAUUCACCUGCACUGAUGGGCAAUCCACGGAGCCUGGAUCAGCCUGUGACUCUCACCCAGAUUGUUCUGAUGGCAGCGAUGAGGAUCCAGCAGCCUGCUCUAAUUACACUAUAUGUGAUUUUGCGACUGACCUCUGCGGGUGGAAGCCACUAAGCAUAGGUGAUGCUGACUGGAACAGAAUGAAAGAACAGGCUCCGCUUGACAGGAGACUCCCUGGCAGAGGUCAUACAACUAAUACUGGACGUGGAGCAUUCAUUUACUUCAAUGGAUCACAUCAGAUGAACACAAAGAUGGCCACGUCUCAUCUGGGGAGCCCUUUCCUUGUCAAGCUGUUCCCUGGGCUUUCCUGCUGUCAGGUAAGAUUUUGGCACCGGUUAUCUCAGGAUUCCCAGCUUUCUGUCUUUAAGAGAACUGCAUUGGACGGAAAUUUGGAAAAAUUGCGUGACAUUUCAGGAUUGCCUGAGUUGCAGUGGACAAAAGUAAAUAUUCCUGUAGAAAGCGCAGCUGAGGACUUACCUUUUCAGAUUAUUUUACGAGCUACUAUUCUAACAAAAAAUGCUACUGUUGCUGUUGAUGACAUCAGUAUAACAGAGGAAUGUGGAGUUGUGAAUAAAUCACUUCUAGGUGUCAGCCAAGAAAGUGAAGCUGCUGUAUGUGACUUUGAAAGAGAGAGCUGUGGCUGGAUUGAAACUGCAAAUGCAGAUGACUUUGACUGGGUAAGAAGUUCCAGUAGUGCUCUUGCACCAGCUUUUCAGAAGCAAGCUCCUCUGCAGGAUCACACCUGCAACAAAUCUGAAGGUCAUUUCAUGUUCAUUCUGAAAAACAGCAGCAGCAUUUCACAAGUAGCUCAGCUACGAAGCCCAAAGUUCAGGCAAACUGGAUCAAAUUGCACAUUGUCCUUUUGGUAUUACAAUUAUGGACGGUCAGUUGGGGCAGCAGAGAUGCACUUGCUUGUGGAUGGGCUGAAACAACCUACUGUCCUUUGGAGGGCAUAUUACAACGAGGGAAAUCAAUGGCUGAAGGCAGUCAUUCAGCUUGGACGCCUUCCACGUCCUUUCCAAUUAUCACUUGAUAAAAUCAGUCUGGGUUUUUAUGACGGCGUCUCAGCAAUUGAUGAUAUUACAUUUGAAAAUUGUGCUCUUCCACUUCCAGCAUUAAGUUGUGAAGGUGCUAAUCGUUUCUGGUGUAGAGACACAAAAGCAUGUAUCGACAGUUUAUUGGUCUGUGAUCUUGUGGAUAACUGUGGGGAUGGAUCAGAUGAAGACAACUGUAACCCUGACCUACAGUGUGACUUUGAAAAUGGGCUGUGCAAUUGGGAGCAGGAUGUUGAGGAUGACUUUGAUUGGAUCAGAAUACAGGGUCCAACCCCCACGGUUAAUACAGGCCCAUUAAAGGAUCACACCACAGGCACAGCCAGGGGACACUACCUCUACAUGGAAUCCUCCGAGCCACGCCAGUUCCAAGAUAAAGCCCUUUUGCUUAGUCCUCUCUUCAACCCUUCUGGCAAUGGAACCUGCAUUUUCCACUUUCAUUAUCAUAUGUUUGGAAAGGAAGUUUACAAGCUGUCAGUCUUCCAGAGGACUGUGAGUAAUACCAAGGGAUGGCUAUUGUGGUACAAGUUUGGAAAUCAAGGAAACCGAUGGAUCAGACAGACACUCUACAUCAGCAGCUCUAAGCCGUUUCAGAUCUUGGUGAAAGGUACUGUAGGAGAUGGUUUCACUGGAGACAUUGGACUUGAUGACAUGUCUUUUCUAGACUGUACUCUUUACAAUGGAAACUUGCCAACAAUCUCUACAACUACUUCAGGAACUUCAGUUCCUGCCACGCUCCCUAUGAACAACUGCACAGAGAAGGAGUUUGUCUGUAGAGCCUCUGGCCAUUGCAUCCAGAUGAUCCAGAAGUGUGAUUUUAGACCUGACUGCUCUGAUAUGUCUGAUGAAUCAGCCUGUGUUAUGGAAGUCUGCAACUUUGAAGAUAAAAACCAGUGUGGAUGGUACCAACCAGCCUUGGAACAGAUGUCAGGAAAUGAUUCCAUCCAUACCACAAACCUAUUCAAGUGGGAACUUGGAAGAGGAGCAAAUCUCUACCCUGGGCAAGAAAAACACUGCCCAUUAAUUGAUCAUACUACGUGUACUGCAGAAGGCUGGUAUCUGUUUGCAGACAGCUCAAAUGGAGAAUUUGGUCACAUAGCUGACAUUGCUACCCCAGUCAUCUCCCUUACAGGACCCAAAUGCAAAAUCAUAUUCUGGAACUACAUGAAUGGUUCAACAAUAGGUUCUCUGGAGGUACUCUGUAAAACCAGUAAUAGGACUUCUAAACUGUGGACUCAAAGUGGCAGUCAAGGUCCCCAGUGGAACAGAGCAGAAGUGUUCUUAGGAAUUCGUUCAAAUUUUCAGGUUGUUUUCAGGGCAAAACAUGGUGUCAGUUACAUGGGAGAUGUGGCAAUGGAUGAUAUUACCUUUGAAGAUUGUUCCCCUUUGGUCAUCCCAGGCAGACCUUGCACAUCGGAGGAAUUCACAUGUGCCAACAAGUAUUGCAUCCCAAAGGAUAGUCUGUGUGAUUUUGUAAAUGACUGUGCAGAUAACUCAGAUGAGAGCCCUGCUAUUUGCAGUACAUCUAUUGGGCAUUGCAACUUUGAGUUUGAUCUUUGUGAAUGGAAGCAAGAUGAAAACGAUGAUUUUGACUGGAACCUCAGAACUAGCAGUACUACAAAAAUGGGCACUGGACCAGCUACUGAUCAUACAUUGCAAGAGCCAUCUGGGCAUUAUAUUUUUAUAAAGAGUUCAUUUCUUCAGCUACCAGGACAGAAAGCUAGAAUUUCUAGUCCUGUCCUAAGCAGAAGGAAUAAAAACUGCAAGAUACUUUUCUAUUACCAUAUGUAUGGAGCUCACAUUGGAUCAUUGAUUGUCUACCAGAGGACUACAGCAAAACAUGAAAAAGUUCUCCUUAAUCUUACUGGAAACCAGGGAAAUUUCUGGCAACGCAAGGCACUGAUCCUGGCUGGAGAUGGAGAUGAAGAUUUCCAAGUUGUCUUUGAAGGGAUAGCUGGAAAAAGUCCCAAAGAUGGCAUAGCACUCGAUGACCUCACGUUUUCCAGAGAGUGCUUACCAUCCCAGGAGUUUUUACCAGCGGAACCCACAGCACUGCCUCCAACAGGCUCCUGCUCACACGGCUAUUGGCAAUGUCAGAACGGCAAGUGUUACAGACCAGAACAAAGCUGUGAUUUUGAAGACAACUGCGGGGAUAAUACAGACGAGAGUGAAUGCGGAACUUCCUGCACCUUUGAGAAAGGCAGAUGUGGCUGGCAAAAUUCCCUGGCAGACAAUUUUAACUGGGUGCUGGGGGUCAGCUCGCCUCAAAGUCUUAGACCUCCUGGGGACCACACGCUUGGAAAUAGAACUGGACAAUUCCUGUACCUUGAGGCCACUGCAAUAGGCCUAAAAAAUGAAAAAGCCCAUGUGAAGAGUUCCAGAUGGAAAGAAUCAAGUGGGACUUGUGUGAUGAGCUUCUGGUACUUCAUGUCAUCAAAAGCCAUGGGACAUAUUCAGGUUCUGAUUAAGACUGAUUAUGGGAUUUUGAAAAUAUGGAGUGAAUCAGGAAAUCAUGGUGAUGAGUGGAAGAAAGUUGAGUUACACUUGGGGAAACUGAGGAAUUUUGAAGUCAUCUUUGAAGGCAUUCGUACCAGAGACCUAGGAGGCGGAGCAGCAAUAGAUGACAUAGAGUUCAACAACUGCACCACAAUUGGAGAGAAUCCCAGGGAAUGCCCUGCCCUCACUGAUUUUGUGUGUGGGAAUGAGAAUUGCAUAGAAUCUCAGUUCAUCUGUGACUAUAAACCAGACUGUGAAGACCUGUCAGAUGAAGCUGACUGCAGUUACUACACAAGUAUUCCUGGAAGCUGUAACUUUGAAACACAAGAUCAAGACUGGACCACUGUAUGUGGAUUAACUCAGGACCCUAGUGAUGAUUUUGACUGGAAUAUUAGCAACAGUGCUGUCACGGGACAAACGGGUCCUGAUACUGACCAUACACCAGGUAAAGGACAGCAUUUUUUGUAUGUAAACUUAUCUGCCCAGAAGGAAGGAAACAGAGCGAGGAUAAUUACCACCAAACUAUUCCCAGCUAGCCUUGGGGUCUGUAGGGUUCGCUUCUGGUUCUGGAUGUUUGCUUCUAGGCAAGCAGGAGUCUUAAAGGUAUACACAGUUGGAGAUCAUGGAAUGGAUAUUCUUUUCUGGUCAUCUAGUAGAAAUGAAGAAAACAAAUGGAUGUAUGCCAAUGUAGUCCUCUCCAGCAACAGCCCUUUCAGAGUCGCCUUCGAAGCUGAAGUGGGGUGGAGUGAACCCACAGAAUUUGCUCUUGAUGAUAUUUCUUUCACCCCAGAAUGCAUUGCUGGAGGAUCAGCUGAUCCACACCCUCCAACCUGCAGUACUGACCAGUUCACAUGUGCAUAUGUACAGCAGUGUUUGCCCCUCGCUGCAAAAUGCAAUGGGGCUGAAGAUUGCAGGGAUGGAAGUGAUGAAAUGAACUGUCCCACAGAGGUGCCUACCACCAUGUUUCCAGGCUCCUGCAAGCAAACAGAGUUUCUGUGUCCUUCCAAAGGCUGUAUCCCAUCCCUCUUGAAGUGCGAUGGUGUGCCUGACUGCCACCUUAACGAAGAUGAAGUUGGCUGCCCCCUUAAAGACUGUUUCAAUGGUUCUUUGUUAUGUGCAUCAACUAAACAAUGUAUAGCAAUCUCCCAGCGUUGUGAUGGCAUUGCAGACUGCAUUGAUUUCAGUCUUGAUGAGUCCAGCUGUUCAGUUUGUCCUGAUGAAUACUGCAAAAAUGGAGGAAGAUGCAUCAUCAAAGAUGACAUUCCAUUAUGCCAAUGUGGAAAAGAAUGGAAAGGAAACCGUUGCCACAUAAGUGCUAAGCCUCUUCAGCCUCCAACUUCAAGUCUCCUUCAAAAUGAUAUUUGGAUUGGGUUGGGUAUCGGUUUCUUGCUGAUUAAAAUUACAGCUGCUGCCUUGUAUUUCCUUUCGAAGAAGAAAGUGCCAGAAACGAAACUGGAGGAAACCGCUAAUGGUUCUUUUGCCAAUCCAUUGUACAAAAACCUUAGCUCAUCUGGAAAAGUAAAGUCUCCUGGGUAUGCCCCCUCACCCGUUGUUCAAAUCAGUGUUUCUCCAUGGCAUGAGUAUCUGUUUAAUGAAGAUGUGAAUGCUACUUCUUUUCCAAAUCCUCUCUAUGGUGAAGCACCAGAAGACAUGGAGAAAUUAUGCAGUUCCUUGAAAACAGACAUAAAACAGGAUCAAUAUUGCUUGUAA